CCGCCGCCUCUCGGAGCCACCGGAGGACGGAGCUGCCGGAAAGGGCCGGUGCCAGGGCGCGCGGCCGGCCGACGCGCAGCUGAAGAUGAGCACACCCUCCACUCCCCACUGACUGGCUGCCAUGGCGUUCACAGGAAGACUCAACAGCAGCGGCAGCAGCGGUGGCGGCAGCUUGUACAAUGAAGACAGAAACCUGCUUCGAGUUAGAGAGAAGGAACGACGCAACCAGGAAGCUCACCAAGAGCAAGAGGAGUUUCCUGAAGAGAUGCCUCUUUUUGGAGAGCCCUACAAGACAGCGAAAGGUGAUGAGCUAUCCAGCCGAUUACAGAGCAUGCUGGGGAACUAUGAAGAGAUGAAGGAGUUCCUGAGCAUCACUUCCUACCCUCAGUGCCCGGAUGCUUCAGAGAACCGGCUGGGGAAGCCAAGAUACCCUUUGUUUCCCGAGCGGGGGAGCAGCAUUCCAUCCAGCCCCUUCCACUCUGGUGUCCACCACCAGCCCUUGCACACCUCUGCACCCAGGCCCCUUCCCAUGGGCAGCAGCAGCCAUAAUUCAAAGAUGGUCCAGCUGAGAAUGGACUCAGUGCCGGGCCCUCACGCCAAGGGCUAUGGCCCGCUGGACAGCCAGUACCUGACUCAGGACCACCUCAGGCAGGAAGGGUCUGGCUCCAGUCAGCACAAAAGGGGGGACCACAGAGGUGACAAAGACCCCAUUGCCCCCAGGACAGGCGCCACUCCGGCCGGAGAGCUUUCUCCCUUCAUCUCCUCUUUGCCCUCUCCGGUGCCGCCCCUGUCACCUGUACAUUCCACCCACCCAGCUCUGCCCAGGGCACAAGGAGGCAGCAAGGCUCAGGGCAGUGGCAGCAGUAGCAAAGGCUCCUGCCCAGCCAGGUCUCCCAAGGACACAGCCGCAAAGGCUCGUGAGAAAGAGGCCCCUCUGGACAGUGUGGCGGUGGUAGCCAGCCUCGGGGUUGCUCCCCAGCCUCCUCCUCAGACGUUUCCACCUCCCCCACUGCCCUCCAAAAGUGUGGCCCUGCAGCAGAAGCCCACGGCCUACGUGCGGCCCAUGGAUGGGCAGGAUCAGGUCCCCAGUGAGUCUCCGAAGCUGAAGCUGCAGAGCUUAGAGAGGGUGGACUCAAAGGUGCCUGCUGAGGCCCGGCUUGCCAAGCUGAAGAUGCCGCUCCUGCCUGUGGAGCAGACCUACUCUGGUGACAUCCACUGUGUUGAAGAGAUUCUGAAGGAAAUGACCCAUUCCUGGCCACCUCCUCUGACAGCAAUUCACACGCCUAGCACAGCAGAGCCCUCCAAAUUUCCUUUCCCCACCAAGGAUUCUCAGCACAUUAGUUCUGCAACCCAAAACCAAAAACAAUAUGAUCCGCCUGCCAAAACCCACCCCAGUUCUCAGCAAGGAACAUCCAUGCUUGAAAACGACCUUCAGCUCAGUGACAGUGAGGACAGUGACACAGAACAAACCCCAGAGAAGCCUCCUUCCUCAAUUGCACCUCCAAGCACUGCGCCGUUGCUGCCGGAGCUGGUGGCCUCAGCACAUUCCAGCAGUGCAGAGUCAGAGAGCACCAGCGACUCUGACAGCUCCUCCGACUCAGAGAGCGAGAGCAGCUCAAGUGACAGUGAGGAGAAUGAGCCCCAUGAUGCCCCGGCUGCAGAGCCAGAGCCUCCAACAACUAACAAAUGGCAGCUGGACAACUGGCUGAGCAAGGUGGGCCAGCCGGCUACGGCCCCUGAGGGCCCAGGCAGUUCAGAGCCUGAGAGCCGCAGGGGCCAGCAGGGUCACAGCGACAGCAACAUCAGUGCCACAGGCCAGGCGCCUGCUGAGCCCAAAGCCCCACCCCCGAAGAGCAGCAGGGUGCCCCGGGGCCCCGCCGAGGGCCCCCACACCAGCAGGAGAGGCGGCCACAAGUCCCCAGCACAGCAGGAGCUGCCAGCCAGACAGACCGUGGGGACCAAGCACCCCAGGAGGUCUGCCAAGGCCUUGGCCCUGGCCACAGCGGCGGACACAAGAGCCAGCUCGCAGGGGGACAGGGACCUGGGCCCUGUCCCCUGUGCCCUGAAGGACCCAACCUGCAAAGAGAAGCCCAGGGUGAAGACAAAAGGCAGGCCACGUGCUGGGUGCAGCAGGAAUCCUGGACUCACCACGCCAGCGCCUGGGGAAAAGCAGCAGCCAAGGAGCUGCGCCCUGGUGCCCACCAAGGACAGCACGGGGGCCCCAAACCCUGAGCCCUUUGUGCUUGUCCCCUUGGCGCAGGUUCAGGCCCAGGCUCAGGGCAGUGGCAGAACUAGUGGCUGCCGGCAGGCCGUGGUGGUCCAGGAGGACGGACACAAGGACACACUGCCGCUGCCCUUAAGGAACACCAGGGUGCUCUCGCCGCUCAGGGACACACCUGCCCCCCACACCCUGGUGGUGAAGAUAGCACUCGACCUCAUCCCCAGGGUACCUCGGCUGCCCGGGAAGGGGGGCCGCCCCAAGAAGCCUGAGGAGAAGCCACCAUCCACAGGGCAGAGGCAGGAGCCAGAGAAGAGAUGCUCAGACACCCCUGGCAAGGCAGCCAAGAAGAGGAAGGGGGAAGCAGAGAGAGACUAUGAUAAUAAGAAAAUCAGACUGGAUAAAGAAGUCAAAUCACAGCCCUCUUUGUCUUCAUCCUCCCACAAAGAAUCUUCUAGAACAAAGACUCCCAAGCCCUCCUCAGAGCCCUCAAAAAAGGAAAUGCUUCCCCCUCCACCUGUGUCCUCCUCCUCCAUGUCCUCGUCCUCCCAGAAGCCAGCCAAGUCUGCACAUAAGAGGUCACGGCAGGAAGCAGACCUCUGUCAGGACCCUCCCCAAAGUGCCAGUGGUCCCAAGAGCAGCGAUAAAGACCUCUCCGUUUUCAAGCACAGGAAAGUCCAGGGCAAGGGCUCUGGAAGCUCCUUGGAACACAGAGGAUCUGGAGAUACUGCAAACCCUUUUCCAGUGCCUUCUUUGCCAAAUGGUAACCCUAAACCAGGGAAGCCCCAAGUAAAGUUUGACAAACAGCAAGCUGAUUUUCACAUGAAGGAGGCCAAAAAGUUGAAGUGCAAAGCAGAGUCAAUGACGGACAAGGUGGGGAAGGCCUUUAAGUACUUGGAUGCCGUCCUGUCCCUUAUUGAGUGUGGGAUUGCGAUGGAGUCGGAGGGCCCGGCAGCCAAGUCAGCAUACUCUGUGUACUCGGAAGCUAUGGAUCUUGUUAAGUUCACAAUGUCGCUAAAACCCUCCGAUACCACAACACAAGAGAAAAUAUUUGCUGUUUUAUGCAUGCGUUGCCAGUCCCUCUUGAACAUGGCGAUGUUUCGCUGUAAGAAAGACAUAGCAAUAAAGUAUUCCCGCACUCUGAACGAACACUUCAGGAGCUCUUCCAAAGUAACCCAGGCACCUUCUCCAUGCAUUGCAAGAAGCACAGGUGCACCAUCCCCCCUCUCCCCAAUGCCUUCUCCUGCCAGCUCUGUCGGGUCCCAGGCCAGUGCUGGCAAUAUGGGGAGCAGUGGGAUGACGGCCACAGUCAGCACCCCUGUCUCCAUUCAGAACAUGACCUCCUCCUACAUCACCAUCACGUCCCAUGUUCUUACCGCCUUUGAUAUUUGGGAGCAGGCAGAAGCCCUUGCAAGGAAGAACAAAGAAUUCUUUGCUCAGAUCAGCACAAAAACCUGCACCUUGGCCCUCAACAGCAGUUUGGUGGACCUGGUGCACUAUGCAAGACAGGGUUUUCAGCGGCUAAAACAAGCAGCCAGAACACCUUAACAGAUGCCCAAGUUGACUCAAUGCCUUGGGAACUAUUUUUGCACAUUGGAAGCCUUGGAACCAGUCUGGACUUUUGUCUCAAAAGGAGCUCUAUGAGAUGAUCUGGAAGCUGGUCCACUUACACUCUCAUGGGUUGUGUAACCAUCAGUUGGACAGUGUGGCUAUGCAGAAGCAGGGAUGGGGUCAGCAGAGAGAUGAUCUUACUUUUCUCAGCGGGGGACAGAAGUGCAGUGUUGCCUUCCAGGCAUGCGAAUGGUCUGAGAUCAUUUCCCUGGAUUUUUGUUUUGUUGUGUUCUGAACCAGUGGGAUGCAACUCUGAAAACAAAUCCAUAUCAUCUCGGUAGUCACACUAGGCCACUCCCAGAAGGAAAUUUUUUUAAACAGUGAUUUUUGGUGAAGGGUUUUGUGGUUGAUUUCUCUUAAGUUUUAGGGGAGGAUUUGUUUAGUAGAUUCUGUUGGCCAUCUGAAAACAUAAAUUGUGAAGGACUCCACUGUACCCUUUUCUUUGAGUAGGCAGUGGCUCUGAUGUUACCAAGUACUGUCCUAAUUUAUAAAAUCAAAGGAAACCCGAUUGGCUAAUGGACUGCACCCUCACCCCAGCUUGGAGUUCUCCAACUGAGCUGGAAGCCAGCUCCAGAUUCUGUUCAUCAGGGGGACUUGGCAUCACUGUCCCAUCCCUGCCUCUGGGAAAAGGAGUUGGUGAUGAGGCAGUCACCCUGGACUAUCUUCUGAAUUUCCUAUCUUGGGGAAGAAGGGAAUCAACCUUUAUACCUGACCAGAUGGCUAACGUGCUUUUUAAUUUUCGUUUAAGCAGCACUGGAAUCCAAGGUGCUGGUUGGUGGUCUGCAGCUAUGUGGUAACUUGUGUGUGACCAACUCUGAGUUUUGUCAGUGAACAAAGAAAAAUGAAAUCUACUUCUUAGGCUAUAUUUUUCUGCUACAAAUUAUUUUAUAUUUAUAGCAAAAUUAAACUUUCUGAGCCUUUGCUUGACUAGAGGAAGUUAACUCCCUGAGAGGAGGCAGAGAUUUGGGGGACUGAUUAGACUUUAGAAAUCGUCACCACAUGCCUUCACUCCAGAGUGUUCUCAGUCACUCAGAUCUGGUGAGGCUGAAGAGGAACUGCGGCCUUCCCCUGAGCUCUUCCCACACCGUCUGCACUCGACCAGUUCCUUCACAAUGACUAGAAGGAAAGGACACAUUCAGGAUUCCCACAGUCCCGUCACACAGGUUCUCAUCCAUGGAGAUUUUGAAGGUUCAUAUUGGAAAUAUCCUUCUGAGUGCAGUGUUGUUUCAAAAGCCAACUUUUUUUUUUUUUAAACCCCUUUUAGAAAGUAGGAUUUGCACAUGUAUUACACUUGAGGAGUUAUCUCUAUAAUUAACUGGUUAAUUUACUCCUCCUUCAACCUGUUCUGUGUUCUGCAUAUUUCCUUCUGAGCAUGUCUCAUAGUUUGGUAUUUAUUACUUGUGAAGAAUGAAGAUGUCUCCAGUUCCUGUGGUGAAUGUAGAAGUCUCUUGUGCAGUGCCUGUGUAAAGGGCCAGGUAGAGGAUAGGGGUGAUGCUUGUUUCUGUUCCACAUAUAGCUGUCCAUGUGGCAUUGUCUGUUAGCCUCACUUCCCACCUGUUCUCUCACCCUGGUUGAGUUAAAGCCAUAGAUGUCUGAGCAGAAGACCUUGAUGUGCAAUUCUGACAAAGCAGCUUCUUCGUGGUUGCUGUAAUGCAAACUUAUGGUCUUUCUAAACUCUUAGUUUAAAAUACCUUUUGACAUUAAUUUCUCAGCAGGUUGUGUGUGUGGUGGUGUGUGCGCAUUUUGUGUGGCCGGGACACGGCACUAGAAUGAGGCCUAUGCAGUGUAGUUGCCAUUCUUUUCCUUGCUCUGUUGGCUGUCCCCUCCCAGCUGGGGGUAUCCCUCACUGAGCAAGCUGCCUGUCACUUGUACAGGGUGAUGCUCUCUGCCGAGCAUGUGCCUUCCCAGUGAGCCACCCCGUUCCCUUGACCCAAGACAUUUCUCAGCAAUUCUCAAAGAACAGACAGCUUUUUCUGUGGCCUUAUUCUUUGUGCGAUUUUUUUCUGAACUCUAUAUUAAAUUUUAUUUGUCCCUUGAACAACAAAUUUGGAUAAAUCAAUUUGUACUGCUUCAGUCACUCCGUAUUUCUGAUUCUGAUUACAAUACUCAAUGUACCUAAAAUGGAGUAGCUGGGGAUCCCUCAUGUCCACUGGCGUUUUUUGUUGUUACAGUUGUGUAUAGAAAUCUAUAUAGAAGGAUAUUUAAACCAUUUACACUUUUUCACUGCAUGGUUAUAAUUCCCAGUGGCAGAAUUUAUACUGAGGUAGAAUAUUUGAGAGAAUUGCAUUAUAAAAUUAAAUCCAAAUAUGUGAUGUCAUCAUAACAGUAAUAGUACUCACUUCACAUUGAGGCAAAGAGAAACAUCUGAAGAAUAAGUAUAGGGCCGGAGAUUUAGCUCAGUGGUGCCGUGCCUGCCAUGCAAGCACAAGGUCCUAAGUUCGAUCCCUGGUACCAAAAAAUUUUUUUUACAAGAGUAAGUCUUAUGUUUUCCAUGUCAGGGUGUGUGUGUGUGUGUGUGUACAUGUACACACAGUAAAAAAUGAACACUUUUACUUUUAAAAGUGUCAAAUGAUUCUACCCUUCUGGAGAUAAUUAAAAUGUGAAUCAGUGAACUUAAAAGCUCUGCUAAACAACGAAAAACACUACUCAAAAUAUACCAAAUUAUAACGUGGUUAAGAGUGUGAAAACAUAGGCCACCUCGUAACAAGGUGAAGAAUGGGAGGGGCCAGCAAGCAGUUAUCAGGAGUUUACCUACAGUAGGAUAAUUUGACUGUCUGAUGUUAUGAUUGGGUCUCAAUAGUGAAUGGGAAAAGCACCUUUUUUUUUUUUUUUUUUUUAAAACCAAAGGACCUUUAUUUUAUAGAUCUGUUUUGGCCAAAAUGUGUAGCUAUUUCCCCCAACAAACUGGACCACAUUUACCGCUAUUGUUCUGUGUCCUUUAAUUCCAGAUCUCAGGAUGUUCAGAAGCUAACAAAAGCUGUUCCCUUUCUGGCUGAAACCUUGCCUUAACUGGUCCCUUACAUAUUAAUGUUGGUAGGAUCAGGAGCUUACUCUUAUGUGUCCUGUGUAGUAACUUAAAAGCGAAAAGGAAACCACUGUGUCCUCCAAGCUGUUAUCUUUGCUGUACAAGAGAGUAAUAGCUGAGUCCAUUGGAGUGUAUGUUGUGCCUUUGUUGACCAAACUUAAGUUUGAAAUAAUGUUUAUUUAGCCACAGCUUCAAGGGUUGUUACGAGUGUCUUACAUCUUUUAUCCUUCUGCUUUAUAAAGUCUGAAGUAUAAUUGUGCAUCUUAAGGUAAUUGAGUUGGGCUAUUUAAAAAAUGUAUUUCAAAAAUUUCCGUGUCUCCUACCAGAUUUCUUUUUCCUAAUGAUUUAUAAUCAGCAGUACAACAAAAUGUUUGAAAAACUAUCUGUUAUACCUUUUACCACUAAUAACCAGUAUUUAAGUUUUGCAGGAAUUCUCUAGUUGUCUUUGAAUACCCAAGGGUAGUCUCUCGCUGAGUGGUGAGGUACAUUGAAGCUGUGGGACAGUGCUGGACAGUACUUCCUCUUUUCUGUGUUUUUUUCUAGUGGGUCUGAUCUUUUCUGGUUGGACCCAUUUGGAAAUAACGGAUGUAAAGUAUUUUCCUGUGCCUUUACUUUGUGUUUUUUUGUUGUGGGGAGGUAGAAUGGCAGGGCAGCAUGGUGUUGGGGAUUUUUCUUUCAGCUCAGCAAGAGGUGGUUACACCAUGUGAUCCUCAGAUAUGCAGCUGUGCUGGUUUCUUGGUGACUUGAGAAUUCAUAUCUAUAAAUUGUGAGCACUGGCCGUUUCUUUAUUUCUUAUUUAUGAUACAUUGAUGAGCACCAUUCACCACUUUUCUUUAGGUGGUUGUAAAUUUCUUGCUGUUCUGGGGGAAUUGCACUAUAUUCUGCUCCCCUGUGCAUUGGACACCAGGUACUGCAUCCGGUAGAGCAGGGCCCACACCUCUCUACUCACAGGGUGCAUCAGAGGACAAGAUGGAAACCCUACAGCUCCUAGGGAGCCUGCACAUCACUCACCUGGCCUGGGAGGACAAGGGAGGAAGGCCACUGGCAGAUCGCAGGCUGGCCAGGCAGUGGCUGAGUUGAUCCGAGGAAGACAUGUUGCUUGGUGUAAAGUAGAUGUUUAAGCAGUGCUCCACGCAGGCAGUAUUCAGUUCGCCUUUGUUCAGGCCAUGCCAUGUGUUGCUGAGGAGACUGCACAUCCUUCCCUCAGAAACCACGUGUACACUGUUGACCGUGGAGUGUGUGUGUGUGUGUGUGUGUGUGUGUGUGUGUGUGUGUGUAUGCCUGUGGCCCAAAUCUUUUCUCUCUGCUGAAUGUGAUCGUAUUUUCGAUGAUACCUGCGCAGGGUUGCCUUUUUUAUUUAUUAUCAUUAUAUAUUAUAUAUUUUUUGCUUUCUUAUACUUUAGAGGAAAGUCAAAUCUUGGUAUUACUGAAAUUGUUUUAAAAAGGAGUAAAUUGUCCAGUUGAUAAAUGAAAAUCACUGGGAUGUCUUUAAUGAGCUUUCUUUAAUGACUGUGGAACAGUGUGCUGGCUGUUGUCACAGUGAUUUUGUACAGAGGCUGAGGAGGCAGCGGUGCUCUCAGUGGGAGGACGUGCAGCGUGAGCAAGGGGAGGCUGUAUAUUUACCUCCUUCAGCAGCACAACUGUGACUUGGGGCUUUUGAGAGUGCAGCUUAGCUGCCUUGUGUAGUCCUUUAAAAGAGACAUAUGUGGUCUGUGAGAGAAUUAUUUUUUAGAAGAAAAAUUUGCAAAAGUUCUUUCCAAAGAUAAUGUGCCACAGAUCUUUUUUUCUCUGUAAUGAGGAUUAAAUGCUGUUUUUUAAAAAAAUUGAUUUGUUCAUCUUCAAAUUCUUUUUCACAAGAGAAUCGAGCUGUUACAAUAAAAUUAAUAAAAAUUUACAGAAACCA